GUGAAGUAACUUCGCUGUGAGCUCAGUUAAACGGAAGGCGUUGUCUGCCGAAAGAUUAAAGACGAGAAAGGAAGUGUUUGUGUGUGUGUGUAGCGGUGUGAGGGAUGCCUCGGCGUAGCCGGGCCCGUGACAACGGGGCUGAGGUGAGCCAGCGAACCCCCCGAGGGAGGAGAAAAGACCCCCAAGUUGAGGAGCCUUCCACACCCACCAGAGAGGCCACAGGCUCUAUGAUGCCACAGGAUCGGUUGCCUAUGAUUGGCUCCUCUGGGAGUAAGCCAGCAGCCAAGCCGACUAUGACAACCCACCAGCGCCCCUCUCAGGCCGCACGGAGGAAGCGCAACCAGACGGGCCAGACCUCCGCCAACCUUCCCCCGGACAGCAUGACCCCGUGGGGCGGACUGUCCCUGUCCGAAUCCUCCUUCACCAGCAUCCCUCCGCCCCCGCCCGCCCCUCUCCCCACACCCCUGCCCCCCCAACUCCCCCGACACCUGUCGGGGGAUGUCGGUGUCCGGAGCCCUGCCCCCUCGCCCCCAGUCACAGCUCCCACGGAGGGGAGCAGGGCCGUGAGGGUGAGGCGCAGGGUGCCCCCCCAGCACAGGCUCCCCCGUGCCCCCCGCUUGCCCCCACUCAGACCCGUCACCAACCUCAGCUUCUCUCGCAGCUUCACCUUCUCCUUCUUUGAGCUGCCGCUGCACCAGUCCCCCCACAGCCGCGCUGAACGCGUCCGAGACCUCAUGCUGCUGCUGAGACAGAUCCAGUACUGACUGACCGCACUACACCGUGACCCAGAGCAGCGACUGAGUACUGACCACAGCGUGGCUAUUAACUAGGACAAUACUUGACCACUCACCAGGACAAUGGUCCAGCUCUGGUUGCAUCACAAUUACAUCAAGUCCAAGCACUGGCACCGGUGGUCAGGCACGGUCCUUCUGAAAAUGCGGCACUACUGUCCAGUACUGACCGACUUGAUGGCACACCAAGGACCACAACAGGACCAUGGUUAUGUGCAGAUAUUCUGAACCCUUUCUGAUUAACUCAGUCCAGGGAUACUGCUUUUAAAGCACAUUUAUUCUCAGCGUUUGUAUGUUAGUGUGCCCAGUGAUUGGAGUACUAAACAUUUGUGUGUGUGUGUGUGUGUGUGACGUGUUAAGAAUUAGUUUGUUCUUAUUGGCUGUCUGGAUCUGGGGGUGAGGCUUUGAGACAGUGUAGCACGGGUUAAAUGAGGAAAUUUAUCUGAUUAAAACGUAUCAACAAAAAAAUAACAGAUUCAAAAAAACAACAUACCGAGUUAAAACUCAGAAUAUUUGGAUGCUAGAGUUUUAUGCAGCCUGAUAUGCUAAUCAAAGUCUGUCUAAGUUCAUGUUUAUUGCAGUAGUUAUAAUGUGGCAAAUGGUCCCAUUGCCAGUUGGUAAUCAUUCUCUCCCAAGACAUGGUCAUUUAAACAUCUGUAUUUCUCUCUCAAAAUCAUAAGAUUAUAGCAUUUCAUUUAGUCGUCUUUACACUUUAUAUGAUGUAAAGAAAGUUCAUGUUUGAUCUAAUGUGUCAAUGUUUAUAAUGUAAGGCUGGCAAGAAUUCUCUCCUGAGACUUUUGGGUAAAGCAUUUCUCAACGUCUCCAUUUGUGUCAGAAUUAUUUGGGCGCAUUUGUUUCGAGUCAUUAUGUCACUUUAUAUUCUACAAUGUGAUGUGGCAAAUGGCUAUAAUGCACGGCUCGUUUGAGAGCCUAAGAUGCUUUAUCCCAAGACCUUUAUGCGUAUCAGUACAGCAGAAGAAUCAAGCCACACCUACAAAAUCAUCAAAGUGGUGCACACUCAUACUCACACACCUCUAAGCUACUCCACAGACACGCCCCUCCCCGUGCUGACUGACAUGGUGUCACGUGUGGGUAUCUGAUGUCAGUGGACUUUGAGACGGGUGGGUAUCUGAUGUCAGUGGACUUUGAGACGGGUGGGCCGAGGCGUUGAUGUUCAUUUGGACCUUUUCAUCAGGAGGACAGUCUGUGAUAAACCCUGUCGUCUCUGUGAGACCACGGGCAGGCACAUCCCCGGUGGCAUCAGGCUAAGGGGCCAGAGAUUCACAUCAUUUCAUCCCCAUCAAAACGUUGUUGUCUUUCGUUGUCUCAAGUUCCAGAGAAACCGCUGCAAUGUUUUAAACAAGUGUCAGGGGAUCAGAAUUUUAAAAGAGGAUCUUUUUUAUUUAUUUUUUAAAUAUUUUUUUACUGCCCCCUGAGCAUGUUGGUACAGUAUGUACAAUUAUAAUUAAUAUAAUUAUUAUAAUAUGCCUACUGUACCAACUCUGCUCUACUACUUUGUGUGAUAAGACAUGAAAUGCUAGUUAAAUCGUGGCAUGUUCUACUUAUGUCCACCUUUUAUCAUGCCAAUUGAAGGUCACACCAUGACAUUGUUGACUACUCGAUUCUGGUUGGGCUCGAAGGGAAGUCAGUGUGAUCCAUUUUCAUCCAGUCCGUGAGACAUGUUCCGUUCUCCAUAACUUGUUGCUCCUUCUGUCAUUCCAAAAGCACACGGAAACAACAGACACUGAAAUACAACCGGACUUUGUAUACCAGCUCACUUUUCCCUUCUCCUACUGAUAAUGCUAUUCGAUGCAGAGCCGAGUUUAGUUUAUUACAGCGAGAGGCAUCUGACUUCACUUACUCGUGUGACUCACAGUGCUUCUUGGACCAUGUAUUAUGGAACGGGCCCAGAUAGAUCCAGUCCCCACUGUCGACAAGAUCUUGUGGAAUUAUUAAGGAAUAAUUCAUGAUCCAAAUGUAAUCAGGGGCAUUUCCACUCCAAUCAGUGUUUGUUAACGGUUCCUAAAAGAUUCCAGUAUUACAGUAGUUUUGUGUUUCCCUGAUUUCAUAUGUGUGUGGAAUGUUUUCCUCAGGUCUCCACACUGUUGUAGGCGUUGAGGGAUUGGUUCAGUGUAAUACAGGCUGAUGUCUUGUAAUCCAACAACCAUUAUAAACUGGGUGGUUCGAGCCCUGAAUGCUGAUUGGCUGAAAGUUGUGGUAUAUCAGACCGUAUGCAAUGGGUAUGACAUUUACAUUUUCUUUUUACGGCUUUAAUUAUGUUUGUAACCAUUUUAUAAUACCAAUAAGGCCCCUCAGGGGUUUGUGAUAUGUGGAAGAAUAUACCACGGCUAAGGGCUGUGUCCUAGCACUCCGCGUUGUGUCGUGCUUAAGACCAGCCCGAGCUGUGGUAUAUUGGCCAUAUACACCACACCCCUUCAGGCCUUAUUGCUUAACUAUACUAGUGGUUGUAGGAUUUCGAAAAUACAUUAGUUUGUUAGAUAGCUUAAGUCCUGUGAAUGUGACAGUGCUGUUUAAUCAACUGUAGAUGGGCCAGGAUAUCAAGGAGUUUGCUUGGGUUCUCCCUCUUGGGAAAGGCCCUACUUUUAAGCCAGGGCUCUUUUGGUUACGUCCCAAA